AUGAAGCAUUUGAACUAUGAACGGGUAGCUUGUCGGAACGAGCUAUUAGUUGUGAGAUCAAGAUGGCGUCUCCGACCAAAGGCGAAAUUGAAUUCUUCGACAUACUCAACUUUACUUUUCAAGACGGUACCACUCUGGAUCAUGUUCGCUUAGCAUACAAACAGUUCAAUAAGGGCGCGACAAAGACAGCAUUGAUACCGACAUGCUUUCGUGGACGGAUUCAAUCGACACUCAAUUUUUCCCAAGGCGCGUUAAGCGAUUAUAGGGUUAUCGUGGUCGCGUUGCUAGGUAACGGUGAAUCAUGUAGUCCAUCGAACACUUUAGGAUUCCCCUCCGCGAUCGAGUAUCAGGAUUGUGUUCGCGUACAGCAUCACCUCCUCACCCAAGGUCUCGGUAUUAAGUCUGUCGAUGGUAUGGUGGGCUUCUCCAUGGGAGGCCAGUGUACCUAUCAUUGGUUGGCCCUGUACCCUGAGAUGGUAAAAAAUGCUGUCAUCAUUUGUUCCUCUGCUCGAACAAGCCGGCACAACUAUCAAUUUCUAGAGGGACCAAGGGCUGCGCUAGAGAACUCCGCAGACUACGUUGCUGAGAGGAAUGAGGUGGGGAGAUUGGAAGCACCCCGCGGUCUUUGCGCCUUUGGUAAAGCGUAUUCGGCUUGGCUCACAAGUGUUGCGUGGUUUGAAGAAGAGCUUUAUCGAGAGUUGGGCUACCAAUCUUUGAGUGAAUGGGACCACGCCGCAACGGAUAUAAAUUACCGGGAUUGGGACCCCCAGGAUCUAUUAGUCAUGCUACGUAUGUGGCAGCGCGGCGACAUAUCACGGUUAAAUGCCGAAGGGGAUGGGUCGCUGGAAACCGCCUUGUCGAAAAUCACCGCUAGCGUGUUGCUCAUGCCUUCUCAAACUGACCAAUAUUUCAAUUGGAGCGCUAGUGAAAAGGAGGCACGUUUGCUACCAAAAGGCAGAUGUGAGAUAAUACCGUCGGUUUGGGGUCACAUGGCAGGAUCUGGGAGUAGUGCACGGGAUACAGAGUGGAUGGAUAACAAAAUGAAGGAAUUUUUGGGAUAGGGGUAGGGGGCAUAAGCGGGUAAAGAUAUAAGCAGAUAUGAAGCAUCAUCAAUAAUGGUUAUUACUA